AAACCAAAGCGACUAGUCGCAUUUUGAUCUAGUACAUCGAAAUGAAUGCAUACUAUAAAUGUAUUUUACUUAUUCUUUGUGCAACGUUUUAUGUCCAUUUAGUUAACAGCUUAGACAAGCACGACAUCAAUGCAAUUUUAACGAAGUUUAAAAAUCUCGCUGUAAAAUCCGCAAGCAUGCACUUGCAGGAUAGCAAAUCGGAUAUAAACAUCACCUCCAAAGAAUUUUGUAUGAAAAAUGACGAAAGGACGAACCGCUUCAAAAGGAUUAUUUUUCUGCAGAAAGAGGUUAUCCUAAAAUUGCAAUCCCAAUUGUUGGAACAAACUCUGAAUUGCAGCAACCUGAGGCAAAGAGUUCGCAGGCUCAUUGAUAGUUACACAAACCUAAAGUCCGAGCUUGAAGAACUAAGGUCGAAAAGUGGCACAACUGACGGCCCCAAGAAUGAGAGCACUAUAAAACAUAUAUAGUAGAUUUGUUGGAUUCAAACAAUAUU